AUGACAACUUUCAAACAAGUUCCUCUCACGUGUGGUGGCCAUACUAGACCAGUUGUGCAUUUGGACUUCAGUGACGUUACAAAAGAUGGAUAUUUUUUGAUAUCGGCUUGCAAAGAUGGCAAGCCUAUGUUACGGCAAGGUGAAACUGGAGAUUGGAUUGGAACUUUUGAAGGCCACAAGGGUGCUGUGUGGGGGGUAGCUUUGACACAAAACGCUAAUUUAGCAGCUAGUGGAGCCGCUGAUUUUACAGCAAAAUUAUGGGAUGCACACUACGGUGAAGUGGUCCACACCUUUGACCAUGAACACAUAGUGAAAAGCGUCAACUUCAAUGCUGAUGAUACACUUUUGUUGACUGCGAGCAAUGAGAAAAUCAUUCGAGUGUUUGACCUUAACAAGCCAGAUGCUGGAGCCCUUGAAAAGAUAAGUGCGCACACAAGCAGUAUAAGGCAUGCUGUUUUCUUGCACAACUCGCGUAUAGUGAGCGUAAGCGAUGAUCUUACGAUGCGUGUAUGGGACCGCACGAGUGGCCAGGAGGUCCAUAAAAUUGAGUUCCCAAUGACACCAAAUAGUUUGGAGCUGUCAAGAGACGGUGCAGUUUUGACUGUAGCACAUGGUACAAAUGUUUCAUUCUACUCAUCAGAUACGAUGCGUAAAAUGCGCGAGUUCCCCGUACCUACUAAAUGUUACUCAGCUUCGUUGGCUCCCAGUCGGGCAACGUUUGUAUGCGGCGGCGAGGAUCUCAAGGUGUACAAGUUCGACUACAACACUGGCACUGAACUUGAGUCGAACAAGGGCCACUUCGGGCCCGUGCACUGCGUGCGCUGGUCGCCGGACGGCGAGCUGUACGGGACGGGCUCGGAGGACGGCACGGUGCGGCUGUGGCAGGCGGUGCCGGGCCGCGUGUACGGGCUGUGGCGGCGCUCCUGCGACCUGCCGCUCGCCAACGGGUUCAAGGAGGUCGCCGCCAACUGACCGCCCGCCGACCAAAUAAAGAAAAUUGAGAAUGUGCAAUCAAAAUUAAGCGCUUGGUAUUACGAUGUACGAACCAAAGGUACUUCUCCAGGCCAAGUGCUUGUUUAUUAACAAGCGCGGGAUGAUAAUCAAGACUUUGAAACGAUUGUCCAAUGUUUUGUGUUGUUUAUUUUUACCGCAACACUACUUUUUAUACUCAAAUGCAAUGUAUUUAUUGUAUAAAGAAACUUAAAUAGACUUGAUAAUAUUAUGAAACGAAAUAAAGUGAUUUGUAAAUAAA